AUGAAGGAUAAUGCGAACCAGGAGGCUCGCCCGGAGGAAGAGAGUAGGAAUGCCCCGAGGGAGGCCAACUUGAAGAAUUUCGAAAAGACCUUCAUCCUCGACUGGCAGAAGGCACUACGACGCGUGGAAGAAGGGCGAAAGUGCUGCGAACACCUGAGUAGGAUCUUCCAGGACAUCAUUAGCAUCGAAAAGGAGUACGAGCAGAAUUUAAGAAACCUGUGUAACUCGUUUAAAAUCUUUACCGACGAAUCAUCGGGGAUCCAAAACGGAAUAAUGAGUCUAAAGAAAAACAUCGAAAGGAGAUGUGAGCAAAUAGCAGAUUUUAUUAACUACGUCGAAAGUGAAAUAAUAUAUAGUACCCUCAACAGUACGCUCAUUAAUCAUAAAAAUGUGUAUGACCAGAUCAGGAUAGACGGAAUGGAGAGUGACAAAUUGGUGGAGAAGACCAAAAGGGACACGGUAAAAUAUGUGAAAAAUUGUGUAAGUGCCUACGAGAAUUUAGUAGAAUCGAUUCAUGUCUUUCACAAUAGCAUUUACUAUCAUCCACUCAAACGGAUUGAACUCUCCAAUGUGUGUAUACAUAAAUAUUUACUAGCCAAAAAGAGGGAAUAUGAAUAUAAGAAUAUCAUAAAUAAUGUAAACCAAGUGGAGCUAAAAAAAGAGAAAAAAAUGAAAAGCAUUUUGUACUCUCUUGAAUCGAUGGAUUAUAAAAGAAUUUCUUGUAUAAAGGAUAACGUCAUGAAAUAUUUAAUUUUUUUUACCUCCUAUAUUAGGAAUGUGCAAUAUGAUUUGAAUGGCUGCAUUGAUGUGUUUAAAGAUGUGGACGCUGCUCGAGAGAUUGAGGAGUUCUGCGAAUUGUAUUGCGCCAGGGGGGGUGCGGCUGGGAAGAGACCAGGUGAGGAUUUCUUCCUUUACAAUAAUGUUGUCUCCUGGCCAAUGUUGAUGGAUCACCGAAAUGAGUUUAACACUGUUGGGGGGGGAUCUUCUUACCCCAGCCGGGGUGAUCACCUCGAAAAGGACGCCCAUGUGAGCAGUGGGAGGAGUAAAUAUGGCAGCAUACUUUCGUCCCUCUUCAACGUGAAUGUGUACAAAAAUUUGAUUCAAAGUGAGUGCAGCGAUCGGAGGAGGGGCGGCGGCGGCGGCGGUGGCGGCGGCGGCGGCGGCAGUGUGUAUACGAAUAUUUUUAACGAAAUUGUUUUUUUUAACAAGAAGGGGGGGAGCGAGGCGGGGGAGAACGAGGCGGGGGAGAGCGAAGUGGGGGAGAGCGAAGUGGGGGAGAGCGAAGUGGGGGAGAGCGAAGUGGGGAAGGGUGUUCCGGGUGGAAAUGCUGACGGGGAUAACCCGAGGGACUCGCCCAACCAGAGUGACCCACCCAAUCGCAGUAAGGAAGCCCUUCGCGGGGGGGAAAUACCUGCACAGUCAGGUAAAAGGGAGCCGAAUGAGGGUGAGGCCAAUUCGGUGGUGAGGCCGAUUCCACCAGGGGGGGUAUCCCCAACGGGGAAGGAGUCCACAGAGGAUGGACAUAAGGUGCACCCAGACGAACAUGCGGAGGCUGUUAAUCAAGCAGAUGUAGCCGCAUCUGCUGCUGUACCCACCGAUGAGGGUUCUAUCAAAAGGGAGUUCUCCCAGGUGGAACCCCCCCGCGGGGGUGGCAUAAAUCGCUCGGAAGAGGUAAUCCAUCGGAGGAGCAACCCCGAGGAGGGGGGCGAUGGACAUAGCGUCAAACGUAACAGUGUGCACUGCGAAUCCGAUCUGAGUUACACGUACGUAAGGGACAUGCUAGAAAGGGAGGGCACGCAGAAGGAGGAGGACUCAGACAGCGGAGGAAGCGAAGUGGAUUAUACAAACCGGUUUAAAAAAAUGGAAAUUUUUUUCCAAUUUUAUUUGAAAAAUUUAUUUCAUGGGAAUUUUACGAAAAUAGAAGAGUUCAACAUAUCGUCCUACUUCAAUGUGUAUAAUAAUCGAUUCAUUUUUUGUGAGUGUCUGAUGUAUUAUGUUAAGAAGGGGAAAACUUUUUUUAAAAAUAUGAACGGCAUGAUUAUAUUUGCAAGAAUUAUUUUGUCCUUUUUGGACUACUGCGAUUUGUACUUUGAUUACUGGUCCUCCAUCUACAUUUUGGUCGCCUCGGAAAAUUUUUAUUUUGAAGUGGAGGAAAAUUACCACGUUGAUGUUAAGCGGCUGCUGGAGGAGUGCCAUUUUUUGGAGAAGUUCAAAAGGGGAAAGGCAGUCGGUAGGGGGGAGCCCCCAAUGGGGGCAAUUCAAAUGAGCGCUGGUCAUGUGCAGGGGGGGAGAGAAAAAACCCGCGGGAUGGACGAUUUUUUCAUCACGGAUGAGGAUGAAAAGGGGGGUUCAUCCAGUGUACGUAAUGCGCGGGUGUUCUCGAAGGAGAGUGUGGAGAGUGGCAGAGGGAGGAGGAGCGUCGUGAAUAUAUACGAGAGUAGGGAGGAGGUGGAGAGGGAGGAAGGGGAGAAGGAAGGUGAUGCGGAGAAGGAGGGUGAUGUGCAGAAGGAGGGCGAUAUGGACGACCCCUCCAAUGGCGACACUCCUGCUAUGGCCGAUGUAGGGGCUAGCGGACAGGAACGAGUAAUAACAAGGGCAAGCGAGUCCAUCCAGUCGAGGGAACCCCCCCCAAAUGGUGAUUCCCCGGAGGAUUUGGAACAGACGGACGAAAGGAAGAAAAAUUGCGAGCAAGUGAACGAAGAAGAGAAGGAGAGUGGCGAAAGGGGUACUCCUCCCAUGAGUAGUGGGAGCACCCCGCGGAGGAAGAAGAUCCUGCUGCACAAAUUUGUGUACGCGCACAACAUGUGGAACAACAUAAAGUUCUGGGAAGUGAGUCUCUUGAUCAUCAUUUCGGAAAUAAUCCAAGAGAGCGUUUUGCUGGAAAAGCUAAAAUAUGAAAACAAAGAAUCGCUGAUAAAAAAAUAUUUUUUUUUUUUUAAAUAUUUCAAUUUCUACAAUAGUAUGAUUGACUUUGGAUUGUCAAUUAACCAAAUUGGUUUGCUGCUGAACAAGGUGUUUCACAUUUUUGAUUUGAAGAAUGACCCCAUUUCGCGCAAAUAUUUUUUCCAAGUCAUUGACAUUGCUACGAAUAAGAAGAUCACCCUGAAUUAUAUUAAGACGGAUGUUGGGAAUUUGAACACGGAGUAUAAGAAGUACUACUUGCAGUACUACAACAACUAUUUGAAUGACGACAGUCGCCCGGGGGGGAAGAAGCCUUGA